CACUCACAUAUCAGAGUAAGUAGAUUCACAUGCAGGACGUCGUAUGUUUUCUACUGCCACGUUCAAAAUGCUUGUCUGAAUUAAGAAACUCUGUCAUUUCUGACUUGGUACCACCUGGUUGUAAAAUCAGAUAAAGCGGCACGUGUAAACAUACAACCCGUUAGCAGGAAGUAGUUGUUAUUCCACUAAAGUCUGAUCUGCACAACACGAAGCAGUCAGUGGUCGUUCAAUUCAAAUAUUAUUGUUGAUCUGCGUUUCCACACCACUGCCACCAUGUCCCAAAAGCUGGUGAUAAUAGACACAGAUGCAGGUAUAGAUGACGCCCAGGCGAUAAUGAUGGCCCUGGCCGCUCCAAGCCUGCAGAUCCUGGGGAUAACGUGCUGCUUCGGUAAUACGGACGUGGACAACGUCUGUCAGAAUGUGCUGCUGGUGCUGUCGGUCUGUGAACGGACACAGAUCCCAGUGUUCCAGGGUGCUGCUGGUCCUCUGGUGGGGGCCACCAAGGCUUUCAGCGACCACUUUGGGACAGACGGGCUGGGAGAUGUACUGGAGGAUAGAGACCCAAAGUGGAAGGAGAAGCUCCAGACAGAACAUGCUGUUAAUGCCAUGAUCAGACUGGUGGCUGACCACCCUAAACAGGUGUCCUUGGUGGCUCUUGGACCCCUCACCAACCUGGCUCUAGCCAUCAGACUGGACCCUUCUUUCCAGCAGAACCUGAAGGAGCUCAUCGUUAUGGGAGGCAACAUGGAGGGUAAGGGAAAUGUAUCUUUAUGUGGAGAGUUUAACUUUGUGAUGGAUCCUGAAUCUGCCUUCAUCGUCCUGGAGGAGUACCUCUGUCCUACACGCAUAGCAUCAUGGGAAUAUUGCUGUAGGAAUAAACUGGAAUGGGAAUUCUUUGAAAAACUGAUUAACGAGGACACGCCCGCUGGUCGCUUCAUGAAGAUGGUCACGUCCAAGUGUUGGGGUUAUUCCAAAGAGGCCAUGCUGAGUAAGAGGGAUGUGUACUUUGGGCCUGGCUUCGUCUCCUACGACGCUUACGCAGUGGCGGCGUGUAUAGACGUCUCUGUGGUGACAGAGAGUAUAGAUUGCGCUGUCAGGGUGGAACUACAGGGGGAGCUAUGCAGAGGGAUGAUGGUUCUGGAUCAGAGGAACAUAUUAAAGAAAAAACACAGUGUUUCUGUCAUGAAGACCUGUGAUCUGACCAAGUUCAGGCAGUUACUCAUGGCUUCCCUUAGACAACCCUGUAGGAAGUAGGCAAUGAGACGGACCAACCCGAUGUCAGCCAUGCGUUGUUGAUCACCUGCUAGGGGAUGACAGAGGAAUAAGCUGCAAGCAGCAAUGAACGGGGUUCACAGGAUGACAGAAAGGAGACUAGAUCAGUUAUUGCUUGCUUUGUUAUCCAUCUGCCAAAAAUAAUGUAAGCAUGAAUGAGGGAUACAAAGUAUAUUGAAAGUAGGUGCUUCCACACAGGUGUGGUACCUGAGUUAAUUAACGUCCCAUCAUGCUUAUGUGAAAAAAGGAAGCCAGUGGCCCCUCCCCUCUGACCUUCUUCAAUGGGUUUUGAGAAGGAGAGAGGAUACAAUUGAGAUUCUCUAGGUCAAAUGGGACGGCGGAUAUGAGGGUUUAACCUCUUGGGGCUAGGUGGGACGCUAGCGUGCCACCCGUGGUGCACUCCAUCAACAGCAGGUGCAUUUCAAGAGCGGCAAAUUUGAAUCCAAAUAAAUGUCAAAAUUCAAAUUUUUCAAAAAUACAACUAUUUUACACCAUUUGAAAGAUAAACAUCUCCUUAAUCUAACCACGUUUUACGAUUUCAAAAAGGUUUUACGGCGAAAGC